AUGCCUCGCGCUGCUGAUCGCAAGCUCGCCAACCUCGCAGUCAAGCGGCUGGUGUCCGACUUCCUCGACGCGCCCUGCUGCGACACGGAUGACUACGUCUCGUACCUCGGCCACCUCUCCACCAGCCAGUCAGCGCCUCCUGCCAGCAGUCGAAAGCGCAAGACAACUCUAGACUCCCACGGACUCUCCCCCGCUCGAGGCACAGAGCACAGCAUGGACGGUCUGCUGCAUCAGGUGCAGAAGCUCAAGAUGACCGAGCAGGCGCAGGCAUCUCCUGCAUCCCCAUUACAGAGUGCUUCACUACAGGCAUCUCCUGCAGGAGGGUAUGCGUCCUCACUGCAAGCAGGGUACGGCGGCAUGAGCAGCGGUUUAGCAGGGUACAACGGCGGGGCAGCAGCAGGCGAAACGUUUGGGGAGUGCGAGGAGGAGUUGAGCCGGUCGCAGUCGCACAACAGCAACGCGUCUGAUGAUGAGUACCGCCGCUUCUGGCGCGACCGCUUGCCUGAUGAACUCCUGAGCUUCGAUGAGUCGCCCAAAGGGAGAGGGGCGGGGCGGGACGGAAGGGGCGGGGGAGACGGGAGGGAUGUGAGAGAUGGGUUUUUGCAGAGAGGGAUAGGAAUGGAGAUGGAUGUUGGUGGGGGUGGGGGGGGUGAUGGUGGUGGAAACAGCCUGCAUCGCCAUGCAGCCAGCAUGCCUUCUCUAGAUGGCAGUCACAUGUCCAGUUCUGCUGCUGCUGCCGCUGCUGGUGGUGCUGCUCCCUCUGGUGGCCCAGACAGUUUUGACAGGCAGGGGUAUGGGUACUCGUUUCGGCAAGGUGUAGGUCCCCCUGGUGCCCCCCCUGCUGCCCAGUCCAUAGGGAAUAUCCUCGAGGAGGUCAAGUCAGACUCGGCUCUAGACCACAUUGCACCGCAUCGCACCGCACUCGGUCUCUCCGGACCAGGCCAGCACCACUCCAUACCGCAUCGCUCGCCUUCUGGCCCUCUUAUGGGAUCGCCGGCUCAGGGACCUUCCUACGAAGCUUCCUUUGACCCUUCCGCUCCCUAUCAUGCUCCCCCUCCCUCACACCUUCUCCCUCGAAACGCCCCCAGCCCUGCCUGGCGACCUGCCCCAGGCCCACCUGGGUUUUCACCUGGACCCCCACCUGGGGGACCACCUGGCUCUGUUGGUCCCGUCCCUUCCAGCCCUGUGAUUGGCCGCGGAGGAGUACCCCUUUCUCCCAUGGGCACACCCAACCGAUACCCCCCGUACGGCGGGGUUAACCCUAACCCUAACCACAUGAGCCCGCAGCAGAGCCCUGCCAGGGGCCCUCCUCCCUAUGCCUCCCCCGGAGGCCCACUCUCUCGCUUUGGUGGUAACCCUGUAACAUCAAUGUCCUUGCCACCACCUGGCACUGCCUCUCCUCCUCCCCCAAUCCAUCACCCUUUCAACAGCCCCGCCAGGGGUUAUCCCCCUCCCCCAAAUGCUGACCCGAGGGCUAUGCACCCCCCACCGUUUGAACUCCCCGGUCCUGCCGGGGGAGUGGACAUGGGGGGAGGAAUGGGGGGAGGAAUGGGAGGAGGGAUGGGGGGAGGCGGGGGAAUGGGGGGACCAGGGGGAGGGGAUGGCAUGUGGGGGGGAAAAGGCGGGGGGGUGAGAGAGAGAGCAAUGUCGAUGCCAGUUGGGUGGGGGGGACCGGAGGAAGGGGUGGGUGGCGACGAUCGACACGAUCCUGUGCGCAUACUCGCUACAGAGUUCCCCAUGUUCAGUAUAAGCACCCUGGCUGAGAUCUUCUUCUCGAAUGGUGCUGAUCUUCCUCGGACCAUGGAGAUCCUCACCCAGCUGCAGCUUCAGGACGAAAUGACUCUCCCAUCACUAACCCACCGCCGCCCCCCACCCCCCUCCGCGCACCCCCCUUCCCUCGACUCCCUCGACUUCCCCUCUCUCUCCCCACUCGACCCCCUCCCCGCCUCCUCCUCCCCCAUGCUCCGCCCCCGCCCCUCCUCUCAAGCCCCUGACAUUCGUCCCUUGCAAGGCCCUGUUCCGGACUUCGCUGCGAACCUGUAUGGAGACAUGCGGGAGGAGGCACGGGACCAUGCGAGAAUACGGAAUGCGUGUUUUGAGCAGGCCACACAAGCGUACCUGGCGGGCAACAAGGCGGCAGCCAAGGAGCUGAGUGCUCGAGGCCAGUGGCACAACGAGCAGAUGAAGGCAGCUCACGCCAAGGCCAGCGACGCCAUUUUCAGAACCCGGAACGCUGCGUCAGGCUAUCUGGGUGGAGGGGCAGGCGAAGGAGGAGAAGCUAGAGUGUUGGACUUACACGGGUUGCAUGUGGGGGAGGCGAUACCCAUGCUGAAACGGGAGAUAGCUGCAAUGAGGAAUGCUGCUCGCUCCACACAACAGAGACAGCAGGUGUACGUGUGUGUGGGCACAGGGCACCACACUAAGGGCCGAGCGCCCCCGCGCCUGCCGCUGGCAGUGGAGCGGUAUUUGGUGGAGGAGGAGCGAGUUCAGUUCAUGGAAACACAGCCUGGCAUGCUGAGGGUGGUGGUCGCGUCGCUCUCCAACGGAACUGGGGAACGCGCGGAACGCGUAGCGGCGGGGGACGUGGUGGGCGGAAAGUACCGCAUCGUGCGCCUGCUGGGGGAAGGGUCGAGCGGAAGGCUGUAUGAGGCAGAAGUGGUGGCGGAAGGGGGGACGGCGGAAGGGGGAGAGGGGGAACGCGUUGCGGUGAAAUGCAUUUCGUUGCGGUCUGCUGCGAGAUGGAAGGAUUUAGAUUUGUUUGAGAGGGAGGCUAGAGUGCUCCGCAGCCUUAACCAUCCCGGUAUUCCACAAUACAUUGACUAUUUCGAGGAGGACACCGCCACAGAUCGCGCCUUCUAUCUCGUGCAGCGCCUGGCACAUGGGCAGUCGCUGGCCGCUCUAGUGGCUGGCGGGUGGAGGGGAACGGAGGAGGAGGUGGUGCGGAUAGGCAUAAAGGUCUUGGAAGUCUUAUCGUAUUUGGAGUCGCUUCGGCCUCCUGUGGUGCAUAGAGACAUCAAGCCUGACAAUAUAAUUCUGGACCAAUCACGCGGCACGGUUCAGGUGGUUGACUUUGGUGCGGUGCAGGAGGCAUCUGCAUCAGCGCGGAGUGAUGCUCCUAUCGGCAGCACAGUUGUUGGUACGUACGGCUACAUGGCACCGGAGCAGUUUCAGAACCGGGCCACCUCACAGUCGGACCUCUACUCGCUGGGAGCCACGCUACUCUUCCUGCUCUCUGGCCGACCGCCCUCCGCCUUCCCCCAGGCUCGCCUCAAGAUUGACUUCCAGUCGUCUCUUGGUGCAUCCAUCUCCCCUCGGCUAGCCACGGUGCUUGACUGCUUACUCAUGCCAGCAGCAGAGGAUAGAUUCAAGACGGCUCAAGACGUCAUCAACGCACUGACCUGCGACGAAUCCUCCCUCCACCGCUACCUCCCACACCACCACCAGCAGCAACAACAACAACCAUCCGCAUACUCCCCCACUUCUUUAAGCACUGCUGGCAUGGGCGGGUCACUCUUCAGGAAGCCCAAAGCCGCCUCCUCCUCCCCUCCUUCCACCGUGACACGGCCCUCCUCCAUUGCUCCCCUGCAAACUCUCCCUGUAGCGUUCCAAUCCCCGGGGGCGCUUGUCACCCGCCCAGCUGGAACGCAAGUGGUACUGGAGAGGACAGAAGGAGGCAGAGUCCUGGUGGUGCACAUCCCCCCUGCGGGCUUGACAAGGGAGGCGAUGGGCACAGGCGGAUUUGCCAUC